AUGGAAAAGCCCGAGAGGUUGAAUAAUCAUGUGAUUCAGGGGACCCAGAUUAUGGUGGACUUCGUGGGGCGAAUGCCUGAGGACUCCGACUUCAAUGGAAUAAAGCUUCUCCUUCAGCAGCUGUUUCUCAAGGCCAAAGUGGAGACCUCAGAGCUGGCUAAUUUUGUUAUCGAACGGAAUUACGUGGGGUCCGUCGUUAAGCAGGGGGGAGAUGACGAUGAGGAUGACGAUGAUGAUGAGGACGAUGUCAAUGAUGUCUUUGGCAUUACCACUGUCAUUAAUAUUUCUCAGGGACAGAACCAAAAUUGCAUAAAGCAACUUCGGAAAGUGCUAGCUGAUUACUCAAAUGACUACGCUUCAGACACGACAAAUGCCCUGAUAAAGAGCAUCCUGGAGAAUGACUCAGCAGCACUAGGUCUUAUAAUAAGCGAGAGAUUUGUCAACAUUCCAGCAGACAUAGCAGUCCCCCUCCUCGAGAACUUGAUAUCGGACAUGAAGCGGGCUGUGAAUAAGAAAAUGCCAUACGACUUUCAGUACUACGUUUUAAUCUCAAAGCUCUACAAGCCAAAGAACACCCCAGGAAAGAAGAAGAAGAGAGGUGUGGAGGAGCCAGAAUUAAUCUGGAGUAAUCCAGAGGAGGAGAUAUUCACCGAGGAUGCAAUGUGUAGUUUUGAGUUUUCCGUUGACAAGGAGUCUGACACGAGUGCCUGGGCAGACGAUGACGAGGAGAUGGUGCCUCACAGGCGAGUCAUGCUCUUUGAAGCCACUAAACUACCCUCGAUUAUUGAGAAAAUAAAGAAAGAAUUGGCGCAUUAAAAAAAAUCCACUCAGAAUCGAGACAGAAAAAAAAAAACAUCCAAAAGAUCAUUUAAUACACAAAAAUAUUUAUCGAAAAAUUUUGACGCUGAAAAACGAAUGCUUAUUUUUCGUUCUCUUUUGUACAUAUGUAUAACUAUAUAUAGAUAUUUUUUACGCCGCAUUUGUAAUACUUGUGAAAUGAUUUUUUUAUGAUGCGUGAUAAUGCAAUUGCAAU